CACCCUCUUUGAAAUCGAACGUUUGCUCCACUGCGAUCGGAUCUAAAAGGAAGCUCCCUUUCGAACGUUCGCUUUCGUCGUCGUGGAUCGGCCCGACUGAUAAGUGGGGAUCAUCUCACCUCUGCACUGCUCCAACAACUCGCAAGGAACCUCUACCGUCCCGCUGUACUACAGCCUUGGCCCGUAGUCCUACGCUCCGACAGCCCUUCUCACACCCAUCCUACCCACCCUGCACAACCCGCCCAGCCUGUUGCGAUCGGAAUUCUGGCGUUCGAGAUGGCCGACACGCCUGAAGAGUUCAUCGAAGUGGAUCCCGCCGCGUACGGCGGUGGCGAUGGUUACGAAUCGGCUGGAUACGACAGCAGCACCGUGAGUCUGUCGUCCUCCAUCAAUGAGUACAUAUUCGAGAAUGGUCGCAGGUAUCACGCAUACUUUGGCCGGGAGAAGAACCUGCUCCCGACUGAUGAGACCGAACAAGACCGUCUCGAUCUCCACCACGAGAUCUUUCUCGAAAUCUUGGCUGGAGAGCUUCACAAAGCACCGCUGAACAAUCCCCAGCGUAUCCUCGAUGUCGGCACCGGCACGGGAAUCUGGGCUGUCGACGUGGCCGACACGUACCCGAUGGCCGAGGUGAUCGGGACCGAUUUAAGCCCACUUCAACCGACCUGGGUUCCCCCGAACUGCCGCUUUGAGGUCGACGACUGUGAACAGAAUUGGACCUUCCGCCAGGACUACUUCGAUUUCAUCCAUAUGCGCAACCUCGCGCAGAGCAUCUCCGACUGGUCACGACUCAUGCCGGAGGUAUACCGCUGCACCAAGCCCGGCGGCUGGGUGGAACUAGCCGAAGUAGGCCUCAACGAGCUCCUCAGCGACGACGGCACUUUGCUAGACGGAGACCCCGCGAAGCGGUGCGUCGACCUCCUGACACAAGCAAUGGAGCUCAUAGGGCGUCCCGCGCCCACCGUCGCCAGCAUGCGCGCAAACCUCGAGACCGCCGGGUUCGUCGACAUCCACGUCUGCGCGUACAAGCAGCCGUUCGGGCCCUGGCCGAAGGAUAAACGCCUCAAACAUGUGGGCGCCAUGGCGUUGUUGAUGUUGCAGACUGGAAUCGAGGCCUAUGUCAUGGCCAGCUUUUCAAGGAUCUUGGGGAUGGAACAGGAAGAGGCCGCCAAGCUGUGUCAGGAGGCCUAUGCUUCGUGUAGUAAUAGGAAGAAUCACUUCUAUAAUCACUUCUACGUUGUUUACGGUCGCAAGCCGGGCGGCGAUUAGUAUUGGGCCUACAGGGACGUGGAGUAGGAGUAUAUUAUUACGGAGUCGAGUGGAGUGUUGUAUUUUGCUGUGCUGUGUUGUUUUCCGCUUUAUGUUCCGCUUUAUGUUCCAUUGUACCAUUGUACCGUACCGUCGCUCAUCACACAUAUUAUUCCAUACAUAUUAUUCCAUCGAACCAAU